AUUCCUUAGACAAAAUGGCGGAGAUACCAAUGAAAAGAAUCUUGGUGCACCUGCAAAAGGCCGGCGAAACUUCUCCAACCGUAGCAAAGUUCACCCAGACUGUAUCGACUGCAACAAAUUGGAUGCUGACAGGCUGCUACACAGACGACUAGAUGAAAACGGCCAGAUUGUCUUGUACCUGAGAGGUCUUAAUAAGGAUUGCGUGAGGAAACGGUGAGUGAGGAUGUCGUCCCAGCCGGGAGAAAUCAAGUGGACGCCGUCAGCGAUGUCCGUGCCCACUAUACACCCGGUAAACGCUCCGACUGCUAAAUACAACAAGAUAUCCGAGGGCCUCCGGCAUGUUACACCUGGCCACAUCCAGUGCUCAAUGUUCUGUGGGGGAAAGGGUUGCAAAUACGAAAACCCUGCAAAAUGGCCGGCUAAGGAUCAAGCCGUGAAAGGGCUCUACUCAUCAUGGGUCACCGACGACAUCUUGGCCAUGGCAAGGCCCUCAACGGAGAUCAUUACAAAAUACAACAUCAUCGAACAGUUCCAGGAGCAAGGGAUCAAAUCUGUGGUCAACCUACAGAGGCCAUUUGAACAUGCCAGCUGUGGCAAUGCACUGGAGCCGGAAAGCGGCUUCACCUAUCUCCCUCAGGACUUCAUGGAGAACGACAUCUACUUCUACAACUUUGGGUGGAAGGACUACGGGGUAGCAUCGCUGGGCACCAUCCUGGACAUGGUCAAGGUCAUGUCGUUCGCUAUGGAGGAGGGCAAGGUCGCCAUUCACUGUCACGCAGGGCUGGGGCGUACGGGCGUCCUGAUUGGCUGCUACUUGGUCUGGGCAAAACGACUCAACCCCCAUCAGGCCAUCCACUUUGUAAGGGAGAAGAGGUCCAACGCCAUCCAAACCAGGGGGCAGAUCCAGUGUAUACAGGAGUUCUCCCAGUAUAUCCGUCCGCUCAGAGUCAUCUUUCCGUCCCAAGACCCAAUCUCCUCUCCCUUCACCUUCAACCAGUAUCUCGGCAGGCAGAAGCGUUACCUGCACGGGUUUGAAGCUCGGGAGUUGAAGUACAUCCCCAAGAUUGUCGACGUGGUCUGCAAGCUGUUGGCAGCAAAAGCCCACGUUGCUAGCAACGCAGGAAGCCAUACUGGUCUGCGCCGGACUCUCUCAAAGGAGCAAGUCGUCGAGGCAAUCAAGGAGUGUGCCCCCGCUGCAUUUGAUAACACCGAAGAAGGGGCCAGCCCAGACAGCACCACCAUCUCGGCAUUGUCUCUUGAAGAGGUGCCUUCAUCACAACUUGCUAAUAACUUGCCAAACGUAAAGGAUUCUCUGCAGCCCGAGAAGGGCAGCCUCGCGUGUCAAGAGCCUGAAUCGGAUCCUUUUACGCCGCCAUCUGACAACUCCGUUUUAGGCGCACCAGGUGGUGGAGACGCAACAACCACAACAACAAAUACCAGUACUACUGCCUCACAGCAACAACAACAACAACAAAGUUUAGGGGAGGAAUCAACCUCCUCAGACAGCAACUAUAGCAGCAACUCUGAUCUGGGCAAGGACGGCUCUACUUCUUCUUCGUUGUCAGGGGAAUUGCCUGAGAACGGAUCUUCUAGGCCAAGACUGAAGAAGAAAAAGAGCACCUUGCAGAGACUGAAGGAAGAUCGAAGGAAAAGGAAGUCAGAGAGCGAGGCAAUAAACAGUGAGAAGAAGGAGCCCGUUGCGCUUUCUCCGAGAAACUCAAUGUCUGCAGCAGAGAAGGUGGCCACUGCCAUGGCUUUUGACAUGUCAACAGACCAGAAUGUGAAUCAGGAAGUUGAGGUUUGGCAGGCAGAGCUGAACGAAGACGACGCAGCAUGGGAGAGGUUGAAGGUGGAGAAGUGUCCACGAGUCUUGAGUUGCCUGAUGUGGUCGUGGCUGGAAGAGUUGAAGGAGCCAGUCCUAGGUGACAAAGACAUCAGUAAUCUAGUCGAGAUGGCAGACAAUCCUCACGAAGCACUCGAACAACUGGAGAAGGGACACAAGCACACGCUGAUGCACAUCCUGAAAACUGUAGCUAAACUUCCCAACAUUCCCCCCCGGCGGUUUGAGGAGAAGGUUCUAGCUCGUCUCAUCACUGCCUUUACCAAGCAAACUAACCCAAAGCAGGCCGGCGGGGACGCAGCACCGCAAACUGAGCCUGCAGAAAAGGUUAAAGUUAUGGAGUUUCUAAAGAGAGUGGUCUUAUCUGAAAAGCAGAAGAUUGUUGAAAAGGAGAAUCCUACAGCCUCAAGUAACAUUAGCAAAACAGAUGAUGUGUUCAGUGACACGGUAUCAGAAAUUGAGAAAGAGAAACCAAUUGGAAAUGAAGAGAAAGAAUCAAAAGAGACAUUGGAGGAAUUUGCUGUCACAACUCAAGGUGACCAAAACAAUGCUGAUGAAAAAGAGCCCGCAGCGGAAGAGGCAUCCCACAUCUCAGAGGAGGAUAAUGAACAACGUUUCCAGAACAAAGUACCAGAAAACAAUGCAGAGCAAGAAGCAGGCAGCAACCAGGAUGAGGAACCAUCACAGAUCCAGGAGACCUCGGGAGAGACAGUCCAAGAAGACGAUGUUAAGCCAGAAGAAGACGACUCAAGCUCUUCCUCUGAGGAGAUCGCAGACGUCUCGAAACUGACAGCCAAGACUUCUGAUGAGGAGAAUCCCUCCAAGAAUGUAGAAGAUGAUGACUAGCUCAUGAAAGCUAGUGGUAAGCAUGAUCGUAUCGCAAAAGUGGUGUGUAAUGCUGGAUUAACGCUGAAUUCGUCUGGCAUUUUAGGCAUUUAUGCUAAAAAAAAUUGCCAUUCCAGAUCCUUUGCAAAUUAGCAUCAAUGAUGCACUGAUUUGUUGACCAUUGAUUAUUCGGACACCUUAGACAAGCAGAUUCAACUGCCAGUCACAUGAAAUCAACCCUCUUUUGGCUUCUCCCUUCAGGCCACUAAUCUUAGCCGGGCACUCAUGGUUCCACAUGCAAUGUAACUGACCACAAUGUAACUGAUUACCACGACAGAAAAUGGCACCAAUGCCAAAACUACAACAACACCAAACUUUAAGCAUCGGGGCAGCACUACACACCACUUUAGUAAGGGAUUUAUUUAUUUUUAGGGUUGAAUGAUACCAUUUCUGUGGACAGCAAAGAGUCAAACAUACUGUGUAUGACCAAACUGUUCAAACCAAGAGAUGUAAGUAUUGAUUCAGAAGUACUACUGGGGGAUAUACAUGUAUACAACCCCAUCCAAAACUAUGCUGCAAAAUUUGUCUAUAUGCUGCCAAAGUAUCAUAGUUUGAGAUAUAUAUUAUGAUAUUGUCUUAUUUGUGCUUGUUUCAGUGGCUGCUACUCAUCUAUACCUUAAAAAAGUACUUUUGUACAGUAUAUACAGACUGAUUUGACUGAAUUCUUCAUAUGAAAAAAAUCAGCAUUUUAGCACUUGGUGUGUGUCUUUAUGCUAAAUGUGCAUAAUAUAAUUCACUGGUAAAUGAACUGCGUAA